GCCAUAAAAAAUUGCAUGAGACUCUAAAACACCACUUACUAAUCAUUUUCUUUUUCUUACAGGUUCGUCUGCCUGACAGAGGAAACUCCCACAAAUAAGAGGAAUCUGUUCUGCUUCUCUCAUCGCCCAAUUCACCUCUCAUCAUGGCAAUAGUCCUCCACUUCAACCUUCUGCUGUGGACACGGCUGGCAGCCCUGGCUUUCUCCUGUGUGGCAUUCUCUGUGGCCGUGCAUGGUGCCAGGACCAUCCCCAUCAUCGGAGACUGGUGCAUCUUCUGCUGGGCCUUCAGUUUUGCCGGCACUCUGCUCGUGUUUCUGGUGGAGCUUUUCGGUCUGCAGACGAAAGUCCCUGUUUCCUGGAAGAACUUCCCUAUCACCUUUGCCUGCUACGCUGCCCUACUCUGUUUGUCCACCUCUAUCAUCUUCCCAAUCUACUUCCUCAAACAUUCCACAGGACCCAGUACGAUUCGCGACUACCGUAUUGUGGCAGCCUUCUUCUCUUGCUUGGCUACCAUUGCUUACAUAAGUGAGGUGAGCAUCAGCAAGGCGCGUCCGGGUGAGGUGGCCGGCUACAUGGCCACAGGACCUGGACUAUUGAAAAUCUGUGAGACCUUCGUGGGCAUGACAGUGGCUGUACUCACCGGUGUCAACUUCAUCCUCUACCUGGCAGACCUGAUCUACUCCACCCGUCUGGUAUUUGUCAACGCAUGA